AUGGAUUAUCUUGGGGAACAGAGAGAAGAAGUAGAAUGUCUAAAGUCUAUCUUCCCAGAUGAAUUCUCGGAGCUCAGCGCAUUUCCUCCAGCGUUUAUGAUUAGAAUUGAUGAUGUGGGCAUUUUCACCUCUGUGUCAUCUCUUCAGCUAAAGAUCUCUUUUCCGCCAACUUAUCCAGAUGAAAUCCCAUUAAUUGAGAUACCCAACCGUUCUAAUGCAAUGCCGAAAGAGUUUACAGAAGAACUGCUCUCUUUUAUACGAGUUUCAUGCAAAGAAUAUGUUGGAAUGCCUAUGGUUUUUAGUCUGGUAGAUGCAACCAAAGAAUGGAUUAAUGAAAAUGCUGUCAGGUUCAAGAGCUCUGAGGGAGAGAAAAAAUCUGUUUGUGAAACAGAGGAUACUGAAAAUAGUCCUGAUUCACUGACGCCACAAGAUUUGAAGUAUAAGCUGGAAACUGCCAAUGUGAAGGGGGGACGAUGGAACUUUGUUAUUGGUCUUAUUGGUAAUUUAACCGUUUAAGCCCUAAGAGUGAUCAGCAUCAAAUUUCUCCUCAUUAUUAUCAAUGCUUUGUAAAACAGAGUGGUCAUGAGAAUUACAGACAUGAUCACACAAGAUGAAUUUGCUUGAUAUUUUGUUAACUUCUCCCCACGCUUCUGUAGGAAAUGAAUAAGGGCAACAAAUGAGAAUUCAAAUUUUGAUCUUAGUGUAUAAUUUAGGCUCAAUUUCUGCUGUUUUUCCAAGUCCAGUCUUAAAUCCUCCCCCUUUUCUUUCCGGGUAAUGAGUGCGAUGAGAUGAGUUUAGAGAUGGGAUGGGAUGGGAUGAGAUGAGAUGGGAUGGGAUGAGAUGGGAUCGGAUGGGAUGAGAUGAGAUGAGAGAUGGGAUGGGAUGAGUUGAGUUGAGUUUAGCCUUGCUAGCAUAAAUCAACAUUCCCUUUGGGGGUGUGUGUUUUUUCUUGGUAACUUUAGUAAUAUGAUCCGUUGUUCUUUAGGAAAACCUUCAGCUGGUAAAUCCACAUUCUUUAAUGCUGCCACACAUCAAAAUAUGGCCAAAAUAGGAGCACACCCAUUCACAACAAUUGAACCAAAUGUUGGCCAGGCUUUUUAUGCCAUACCAUGCCCUUGUUCACAGUGGAGUCACCAGUGUCAUGCUAGAUUUGGACACAGUGCUUCUGGUGAAAGAUUUGUACCAGUAUUGCUCAAAGAUGUUGCUGGCUUAGUACCUGGUGCAUGCGAAGGAAGAGGGCGUGGAAAUAAGUUCUUAAGUGAUUUGUUAGAUGCUGAUGUUCUUGUUCAUGUGAUCGACCUUUCUGGGCAGACAGAUGAAGAUGGGAAACCCACAUUAGGUAACUCUUGGAGCCAAUAUUAUAGAGACACAUAGUUAAAUUGUAACUUUUGCAAUCUUCAUGCAUGAACAUCUCUUAUAAGCAGUCUCUCAUCAAAAAUACAGUGAAACCUCUUUAUAUGGACAGCAAAGGGACUGACAGAACUGUCUGCAUGUCAGAGUUGGCUACAUUUCCGAGACGGGAAAUGUGCUGUCGCACCUCUGGAAUAGGUAGAUUCUAUUUAUCUGCAAAGUGGUAGUCUUUGGUAUUUUAAACUUUGUCGGAACAUCAUGUCUGACCUUACCAGAAUUGAAAAAAAAUUCAUUGGACAUAAGCCAGUUGUAGUUGGACAUCGUCCAAUGUCCAACUAUUUCUUGCAGCUAUGGUGUCAGAAACUCUUGUAAGCGACCAUCUCACAUGAUCAGGAUUAUGAAAAUUAUUAUUCAUUCAAAAUAUUUCCCCUAUUCUGAUUGGCUAAAAGCACACGUUUAAUGCACCAUAACCAGUUACUGAUGACCAAAGAAUGACCAAGAAUUUUGUGUUUAGCGAGGAAAUGACAUCAAAAAUGCAGCGUUCGUGUCGGUUAAUGCACCAUUAACCAAGAAGACCUGGGGCCCGUUUCUCGAAGGUCCCGGUAACUUUACGGGCCCGAAAUCAAAUAUUCAAAUCGAAAUAUAAAGAAUAAGAGCGCGGGUCCUGGCUAGCAAACUACUCCAUUUUGUUUCAUUAACUGACAGUUUUAUCAUGUUAGAUGCAAAACUAUUGAAAACUCGAUCUUUAAUGUAAACGGAGACAGCUUACCGGGCCCGUUAAUUAUCGGGACUUUCGAGAAACGGGCCCCUGGGGACGAGGUUGAGUUGUUUUGGUUGUGAACUUAAAAAAUGGCAGACAUUUCACUUGUUUCAAGAGUAAAAACUAGGCGAAAAAAUAGCUAAAAAACAUGGCACAAACAGCAAGAAGACAACUCAAAGGGCGACCUCUGCUAUUUGGAGAAUAUUUGUGGAGCUGAACAACCCUAAACUUUCACCAUUGAAGAUGAACUUAACAUCGAUGGAUCGAUGGAGGUAAGCAUAUUUUAGCCAUGUUUUUAAACUAGGAAUUAUUUUGAAUGAAUAAUAAAACAGUUAUUGAAUUUGGCUUUCAUAUCAUAUAUUUAAGAAUUAUGGAGAUCUCGGAGGGUGUUAUCCGCCUAGGCCUCGACGGAUAACACCCUCCUUGAUCUCCAUAAUUCUUCAUAAGAUACUCAGCCUCAUUCAUUAAUUGCUAAGUAAUAUAAUAUCAUAAUUUAUUAUAUUUUUUUAAGUCCCCACCUGAACAGAAAAGAAGCAUUUUGAUGACUUGGUUUUGUUCUUUUUUCACUAGAGUAUGAUCCAACUAGAGAUGUAGAGUGGAUUCAUCAAGAGCUUCACAGAUGGAUUUACGAUAAUAUAAUGGACAAAUGGGAUUCAGUAAGAAAGAAACCAGCAAAACUCUGUGACAUGUUUACUGGAUAUCACACUUCACAAGCUCUAAUCCAGCUUGCAUUUGAGUCAGCAGGGAUUACAGAUGCUAGGCUAUCAGCCAUAACAAAGAUGGAAAGGGAUCAUGCUGAGCGUUGGGUACAUAAAUUGGUUGCUGAAUUUUUGCGGCUACGCUUUCCAAUCCUUUUAGCUCUCAACAAAGUAGAUCUUGCCAAUGCGAUAGAUAAUCUGGAUAAAUUUAAAGCACAGUUCACUGACAUGACAAUGGUACCUGUAAGUGCAAAAAGUGAAUGCUUUUUACAACAGAAGUGCAAAGAAGGGGACAUUUUCUACCAAAGUGGUGCUUCCCACUUUGAUAUCAAUACUCAGUCACAGCAAAAUAUGGAUGGUUCAGAUAAAGAACUAGCACAAAUAAAAGAACAUGUUCUUCAAACGAUUGGAGACACUGGUGUCCUGCGAGCUUUGUCAGAAGCUGUGAGUCUACGUUCACCAACAUAUGCCUUUCCUGUCAGUUGCCUUGACACCUGUCAAUCAGUCAGUGUGAAGGCAAAUGAAAAACCUCAAAUACUUCGAGACUGUGUUGUGCUGAAACCGGGAACAACAGUUGGAAAGUUGUUUGAUAUCAUGCUUUAUCCACCAGUAUCUCUGUUAGCUGGAGAGUAUGUUAGAGCAGAAGGAGUUGACUCCAAUGGAACAAAGAAAGUUUUGCACAAAAAAGACCUCAUAAAUGACUCCAAUCAGAUCGUGAAAAUUAUGAGCACAAAGAAAGCUUCUUAUUCUGCAAAAACUAGAAGUUAA